AUGCUAUUUCAUUUGAUUUUACAACCAUUCAAUGAUAGAAUUGCAAUCAAUUGUCAACACUCAGCUCUUUUUAAGGAUCAAGCUUUCGCUUUGUUGACCUUCGAAAACAUUGAUGUGAAGAAAUCCUAUUGGAAAGUGAGCUAUUCAACUCUAGACAUACAAUAUAUGACUAUCAAAAAUAGUAUUUGGGAGGAAAAUAUUGUUGAAAUAGAUGAUUUAUCCGAACUACCUCAAGUGUGGAUUGACAUUCAGUACAGCACCCAGAGACGAUCAGUAUUUACGCUUGCUGCUAAGCCGUCGAUAUUUAUUUCACAUUCUUUACUUGAAAAAAUAACAUUUAAUUCACUUAGAAAUUCUAAUAUUUCUAUUUCGUGUUCUCAAGUCAUAGAUUCAAAUUUUGGGAAUUCAAAAGACUUGCAUGAAGUUUGGGAUAAUGUUGAAUUUACAAUUGAAGAUUCAUCUAUUUUGAAUUCGAAUGUAACACUUGCUAGGUUCAGACAUGUUACCUUCCACAAUGUUUCGUUUCAUGAAACUAACAUGUUAGCGAUAAUUUACACCUAUGACGUAUUGUUUCAAAAUGUGAUAGCUCGAGAAGGACGUUUCUAUUCUCUUUUACAAUCUAAUGGAAAUUUGAACAUUUGGGAGAGCGUUUUUGACUCGUUGGAUUCAAUUGAAAAUUUUAAACACUUGUUUGAUAUUAUUUCGACCAGCCCGAUAGAUAUUGACUCAUCAUUGUUUUCUAACAACAAGGCUCCUGUAAUGCAUUUAUUGGACAUUUUAGCAGCAAAUAUAUAUUAUUCCAAUUUUUUAGAUAACAUUGGGCCAUGUCUUGCUGCAGAAUGGAACACGUUUUUAGUAGGAUCAUUCAUCCGUAUUGAGAGUGUUAACUUUAUUAACAAUACAUGUACUGACUGUGAGGGAUCUGCAGCACAACUAAAUUUCGAUUCCAUAGAGAUUGUUGAAAGCUAUUUUCAAGGUAAUCAGGCAUUAAAUGGAGGAGCACUUCGAAUCAACAGUGCAGAAUCACAAAUUUCCAAAUCAGUAUUUUUGGACAAUAUCGCAAGCUACAAGGAGGAGCUAUUUAUAUUCCUGAUUUUACUGCUGUAG